GGGCUUAAGUCUUCUCUCUCUCUCUCUCUCUCUCUCUCUGCGAGCGAGCUAGGGCUGCGUUGCCGGGCUUCUCUUCUCUUCCUCCGACCGAAGGUCUCCUCCGCUGCAGCGGCUUUCUUGACACCUCUCUGGUCCGAUACCUAAUGGACCCGCAGGAGAAUGAGGCGGCGUUCGACGGGGAAGCUCACGAAGUCGAGCCCUCGGACCACUCCCUCCACCAUUCCGCUGAAGACGACAGAUCUCACCCUCAGUCCGGCGACGGAGCUAGUCCCGGAAAGAUUUUUGUAGGAGGUUUAGCAAGAGAGACGACUAAUGCGCAAUUUGUCAAGCAUUUUGGUCAGUAUGGUGAAAUUACAGAUUCUGUCAUCAUGAAGGACCGGAAGACUGGGCAGCCUCGUGGAUUUGGGUUCGUGACCUAUGCGGAUCCCUCUGUUGUCGAUAAAGUCAUAGAGGACACCCAUGUCAUUAAUGGGAAGCAAGUUGAGAUUAAGCGUACAAUCCCAAAGGGUGCUGCUGGCUCCAAGGAUUUCAAAACUAAGAAGAUCUUCGUUGGUGGGAUUCCAUCAACUGUAAACGAAGAUGAGUUCAAGGAAUUCUUUACUCAGUUUGGAGAGGUCAAGGAACAUCAGAUCAUGAGAGACCAUGCUACAAACCGUUCUCGUGGCUUUGGUUUUAUCACUUUUGACAGCGAGGAGGCAGUUGAUGAUCUACUGUCUAGGGGCAAUCGUCUUGAGCUGGCUGGAACUCAGGUGGAGGUUAAGAGGGCAGAACCAAAAAAACCAAAUCCACCUCCACCGCCUUCCAAGCGAUACAGUGAUUCAAGGCACUCAUAUGGUGGAGGAUAUGGAGAUGUUUAUGGUGGAUAUGGAGGAGGCGGAUAUGGUGGCUAUAACAGAUCAGGUGGAGCCUAUGGAGGCCGAGCGAGCGCUUAUGGUGGAUACGGUGGGGGUGACUUUGGUGGGUAUGGAGGAUAUGGCGGCGGUGGAAUCGGCUCGUAUAGAGGAGACCCUUCCCUUGCAUACUCGAGUCGUUAUGGGGGAGGCAUGAGCAGAGGUUAUGAUAUGGGAGGUCCUUAUGGUGGCCCCGGCGGAGGUUAUGGAGGGUAUGGUGGCGGUGCAGGUGGUUAUGGUGGCGCUGGCUAUGAUCCUGGUCUUGGAGGUGGCUAUGGAGGCAGCAGUGGCAGUGGUGGGGGUUUCUAUGGAAGCAGGGGAGGAUAUGGUGGUGCAGGUAGCAAUCGAUACCAUCCUUACGGGAGGUAAGACUUAAGGAGUCUCACUUCUUGAAACGGAGAAAGUUGUGCCUGCUGAGUGAUGUUGCGAGGAUUCGAAAAUUAGGAAGUACAUUGCUGAACUUUUAUUUCUGUGAACUCAUGUAAUCUUGAGCUCUCAGUUACAUCCCAGUGACGGGGAAAAUCUGAGAGGUCCAACCUUAUUUAUAUGUGGUUCUGUAUUGACCUGCAGUAUAUGCCUGAUGGUUCCUAUAGUUGGCAUUGUGAUCUGAAGCCCCUUUUCCCAUAGUCUUACCAGAUUCCUUUUA